CGUAUUAAUAGUUAAAUACUGUAUUUAAAAUAUAAAAUAUUGGAUUUAAUAUGCAUGUACAGCGUGAUGGGAUUUAACACUUUCAAAGACUUUUUACUGACCACAACUCAACAAGUGUUGGAUUUAGCACCUUGGUUUUUAGCGUGGGAUGGAAGUCCGAGGCGGAUCGAACUGAGGGCUUUUUUAAUUGAAAUCUUUUGUUUUAAUAAAGGAAUAAAAGUGUAAAGGGCGGUAUUAGAAGACUAAUUUUACAAGCCCGCAACGGGCCCAAACGGAACAGCUGUUGUACUAGAAAAUAGACGUAGUCAAAUUUGCUUCCCAAAGUCUAGAUCAAUAUUUAUUAAAGGUAGCCAAACAUUCGACCGUUCACGUUGGCUUUUACAAGCUAAUAAUUGUUUUACACUUCAUAAGGCUGGUACGUGGGAAGCCGUGUUGUUGAAAAUAAAAUGUGCCGUACAGAUUGAACGGAAAGCUGAACUCCGAAUCGAUUCUGCGGCGCUGCACUGCUCAGUCUUUCAAUCCCAAAUGGGCUGGUUCGCUCUCGUAGUGACCUCAGCACUACGGUUCCACUAAAAUCUAGACUCGAAAUCUGUCAGGCCCGUUUGAGUAUCACUCUGAUGCAUGGCAAUACUAGCUGUUUGUGAAGUGUUGUAAUGUCGCCGGUUUUUGUGAGCACCGUACUGAAAACGAUGAGGCGAGACACGCCCCCUCCUGUGGAGAGAUCCCUGUAUUGAGAGAAUAUGAUCCAGGUGCUCGACCACUAGAGGUAAUUAAAUAAAACGCAGGAUAACGGUCACUUUUUACGCAACUGGUAAUGGAGGGGGGCUGGACGCAGCGGUCAAGUACACAACCAACACAAAUAGCCUAUCUCUCACAAUUGAUUUCACUGUCGGCGUAUUUAACUGCUUCCUGUGUCUUUCUUUUUUGUACACACCAUUAUGUAAAUUGAUUCCGAUUGAGUUGAACAGCAUCUCCACAUGUGUGCUUUGCUUUUAUCUGUGCAUUUGUUGCAUAAGCCAGGUGAUUCCAUCUUUAACGGGUGCACCGCUCGUCCCAUAUAUAUUGUCAUGUAGGCCUAUCAAAGGCAGCGUUCAUUUGCUGGUUCCAGAGUCAGCUGCUGCCGACAGCUUCUGCUAUUUACCCGACCUGCCUGCUGCGGUGGAACGCUCGAUCGUCGCGGGGUUUCUUUGGACCGAAGUCGAAACGGCGCACACGGCCAAAAGUUAGUCAUCUCGAGCACGGACAGCAAGGACCGCAGUCGCUGACGUGGUCAUAGCGAAGAAGUGUCUUCGUGUCGACCAACGGUGCGCACCAUCAUCUGAGAGAAGUAUCGAGAUGUCCGAGUUUCCAGACGACAGCUGCUGUGUUACCCACCCAGUUGCCGAUGGUUCUGACGAAGUUGAAUUUCCAAGAAACUUUGCCGAGCUAGACUACUCCUUGACCAGGGAAGUGUACGACGUCAUCCAGCCCAAUGUGAAGGGCUUUGACGACGCCAAAUAUCGAAGCUUCCGACGGAAAUGCCAACUCGUGACGAAAACCUACAAGCUCGGCACACCCAUUCCAUCGAUGAUCUACCCGGCGAGCCAACUGGAGACAUGGGCCCGAACGUACAACAGACUGAUGCUUCUCUACCCCAUGCACGCUUGUACUAAAUUCAACAACUUGUUGGCACCCUUUUUGGAAGCGUGCGACAUAUCCGCCCACCGAAUUCCAGACCUGGAGAAAGUGUCUAAUUACUUGAGAAGAAAAACUGGUUUCCGACUUCGCCCCGUUUCUACUUUCAUGACACCGCGUGACUUCCUGGCUGCUCUCGCAUUUCGCGUGUUUUGCUCUUCACAGUAUGUGCGUCAUGGUGACGGGGCCUUCUUCACAAAUGAGCCGGAUGUUAUUCAUGAGAUCCUCGGACACGCCGUGCUUCUGUGCGACGCUGAGUUCGCCCAGUUUUCACAGGACAUUGGUCUUGCCUCGCUGGGUACUCCAGACCAUAUUCUGGAUAAAAUCGCAUCAGUAUACAUGAGCACGGUUGAGGCAGGUUUGUGCCGGGAGGGGUCAGAGGUCAAAGCUUACGGUGCUCUGCUUCUUUCGGGCUCCAACGAACUCGAGCACGUGUUCACGGAUAAAGCGGUCAAGCGCCCUCUUGAGAUUGAGGCUGCAGCGUCUUUGCCGGAUAUUGAUCUGGACAAGUACCAAGACGUGUACUACGUUUCAGAGAGCAUCGAGGAAGCGGAACAGAUGGCUAGAGCUUACGUGAGCUCCCUCCCCUGUAGGAUGUCGGUCAAGUACAACCCAGAGAAGAACGUCAUUGAACCGAAAGACAAGGGGGACUGAUUAGCCAAUGAAAGUGAUUGCAGAGGUUGUACCAUUUUUGUAAAUCGAAAUUUCAAAAUCUUCAGAAUGAAUAGUCGAAGGAUCAGGCUGUUAUGAUAAACUUUCCAAUAUUUAGUAAUUUUUAGCUUUAGUAACUCUUGCCUAUAGGAGAACAAUUAUAGUACACAGGAUAAUAUUAGAUCACAAAUAUACUCUUGAUAAACUCAGUAAGUAAAAAACUGUUACCUAAAUAAAGAGGUUGUAGUCAGUAGCCAACAGGGUUUUUAAUCUGGGGCACGGAUUGGAUUUGUUUCGGAACUGAUUGAAUUGUUUUCACGGUAAGAAGCCUUCCUCAUCCAAAGGAAGAUGCUCGGCCAUUUUUAAAGAAAUUGAGCAUUCACUUCUUUUAAAAAUAGCCUUAUGUCCGCAAGAGAGAGAAUUUGCCCCUCUGUGUAAACGCCACUGAGAACGGAAGGAUCGAGUUCUGUACUAAUACAUGAAAAAAUUAUUUCCAAAUGUACUUCUACAGUUAUUGAAUAUUAACACAUCAAGUGCUAAAAAGGCAGCAGAAAAGUCAUUGUGUAUAUAACUUGUUUCCUGUGAUAAGUCCCCACCCCUUUUUACUCAAGGUCAACUAAACCAAUCAACCUUGCGUGAAUAGCGCCCCCUUUUGGGCAAUAAAUUUUUCCGGUGCUCGUCGACUAGUACAAAUUUCAUUGCUUUUGAUUGAUUUAACUUUAAUCCAGUAAUCAGGUGUCAGAGUACCAUUCCAUUUAAUUCAUCAUAAUAAUUAAACGUAAUCAAUGACAAAAGAGAAGGAUGAGUAUUUAAGUUCACCUUUUAGAAAAGGUAGUCGUAAAAUGUUAAAACGCCAAAAUGUGUUUUGUUUUUAAGUACAGAAAAGAGUUCUUUGCUGAUUAUUAUGGAGCUGGGGACUCAUUCAUUACCUUAACGUACCCACCAGUUUCCGUACACAGAGUUUAAUAUUGUAUAUUCAAGUCACAUUAUGUUUUCCUGAGUAGGAGUUUCCUCCUGCCAUAGCAGUGUUUCAUUUUCCACUAUUUUGUUUCACUUUGUAGAAAAAAUACCUCUGAAAUUUCCAGUUAAUGAUUAUAGUUUUCCAUGAUUUUGCACCGUGUUGUAAAGUAGUGUUGGCAGCAAGUAAUGUUUUUCAUAAUUUCAAACUUCUUCACUGUUAUUCUAAAGUAAAUGUGGAUUUAGUAUGUUCUUUGUUUUUCCCCUUUCCCCCAAAUGAUCCCAGGCGUGCAGCAAGUAUUUUGUUAAUAAAACAUUCUGUUGCGUUCAUUCGACGCACUUCACGUUUA